AUGUCUUACCCUGCAGGGACCGUUACUAGCGUUCACGAGCAUUUAAUCAACUUGCUUCCUUACGAGGAAGCCGACGGGUGGGCGGAGCUGGCGGCAGAAACGGGGGACUUGGCGCAGGCGGAAGGGGAGAGCAACGGCGGAGCAAGCGCGCGGGCGGAAAAGGCGCGCGCGCUGGGCGGAAGCGCGAAGGAGAGGCAGCUGGCGCGGCUGCUGCCGGUGCUGUUCCUGGUGUCGUCGUCUCUCAUGCCCACUGCGCGCCGAUACCCGCUGCUGCUGCGCGAUCGACGGUUGCUACACCACGUGCGCACAGGGCUGUUUGGAGUUGAUCUCGCCGCUCUCUCCAUCCCCCUGGACGCCACGUCAGCACGCUGGGCGGCAGCAGCGCGUCCGCACCUGUUCUUCGCGAAGAAACUCUACCUCCCGCUACACACGGACUCUCUCUGCGGAUUCGCCGCUUCCCCCCGCCCCCGCUCCCCCGACCCCCUCUGGCGCACCGUUCGCGCACACCACCUCCUUCCCCCCAACGGCCUGCCGAUCCUCAACCCGAACUGGGUGCCUCGGCUGCCGAACCAGCACCUGAACCAGCAGGCUCGGGCGCACAUGGUGGUUGGGGAGGCCUUGCGUCGGGAUUGGGUGGUGGUGGUGUCGCUGGUUUGGAGCGCGCACGCGGGGAGGGAGGGGCAGGGGGUGGCUGGGGGAGAGGAUAUCGGAUUGGGGGAGGGGGAGCUAGCGGAAGGGGGAGCAGGCGGAGGGGAGGGCGCGGAAGGUGAUAAUAAAGAGGCAGCUGACGCGAUGAACCGUGUGAUUGUAAUGAUGCGGGAGCUCUUCGGCGAAUCGCGAGUGGUGGUAUACGACGAGCACGUGCCGCUACUGCAAGCCAAGGAGCUCUUUUCCCGCGCUAUUCUGUUCGUCGGUCCCACGUCGCCCGCGCUGUCGAAUCUCAUCUUCAUGCCAUUCAACUCCACGCUCAUCGAAAUCCUCCCUCGCACCGUAGCCAUGGCUACUGCUUCCAUCCCUGUCGUCGGCCAACAGCGGGCUGCCACGUGGCAUUUCCACCUCGCUUCCCGCCUCGGGAUCCAUCAUUUUCUCUCUGCCUGCGAUCCGACUAAGGUGAACUGGCACUCUCAGGAGCACUGCCACGUGGACGAGGUGUACGGUACAGUCACCGCUAUGAUCCGCAACAACCCGACACUCCACGCGUUCACCGGGUUACCAUCCGUCUCCUUUCCACCGGACGAGCCGGCCAGCCUCGGCGACUUCCGAAGCAGGAUCCCAGGCUCGAGGCUCAGGCCCGGAACAGGCGAGGCGGCGGCGUUCAAGCAAUGGAUGAGCUGCGUGGCGGAGCGCGGCGAGUGGCGGUACAACUCGACGCCUAGGGUUCUACCGUGGGAGGAGAAACAGGUGCAGAGCUGCGACAGCCGGCACAUGAAGCAGGGCGGAGUGGCAGGAGUACACGCGGACAAAAUCGCUAACUCGGGAUGGGAUCCCGCUGCUGCUGCCGCCGCGUGGAAGGUUCGAGAGAGUCUGAAGUAUCAGUGGGUGGUGCCUCGGGAAAAGUGUGGUGGAGUUAUCGGGGGGAGGCAGGCGGUGGUGGGGAGGGAGGGCGUGCAGGGGGAGAUGUUUUCGAGGUUCGACGGGCGCGCGCUUUGCGAGCUGGCCGCGCGGCGGAAGGAUGGGCUGCGGAUUGCCUUUAUCGGGGAUUCGCUGACGCGAGAACACCACUAUUCGUUUAUGAAUAACAUCAUCAAGCAUAUCCCCAAGCCAGCGGUGGGGACUAUAGUGAAGCGGAAAUGCCUGGAUUGGAUUGACGACACAGUAACGGUUACUUGCGCUGGUUACCGCAUUGAGGGGUGCCCGAAAUUGGAGAUACACUAUGUGGCGACAACUCGGCUGAUGCGUGUACAGGAGAAGCUAGAACGGGCGGCAUGGCUCCAUGUGCCCUGGCAACAAGUCCCCGGAAUCAGAAACUCCCAUGUGCUUAUAAUGAACCGGGGUGCGCACUACAAGCCAGCAGUGAAGGUUGUGAAGGCAGUCAGACGAAUCUUCCGAUUCCUUCGUCACAACCACCCCGACAAACUCCUAAUCUACCGCACCACACCUCCCGGGCACCUCAACUGCCUGAACCACACCCGACCAAUCCCAGAGCGGCAGGAUGGAGCCUCCUUACCGUUCAGAUGGGGAGAAUUCAAGCAGCAGAACGAGAUGGUGAGGGAGAUAGUGGAGGAUGCGGGUGGGUUGUUCAUGGAUGUGGAUCCGAUGAUGGCUUUAAGACCGGAUGGGCACAGAGGGGUGGUGGCAAAGGAUAAGGUGGACUGCCUGCACUACUGCCUGCCAGGCCCGGAAGAUACCUGGUCUGAGUUCCUGUACAAUAUUAUCCAGAGGCUCGUGCCUGUUCAGUGA